ACCAUGUCUGCGUUUGAUCUGAUGAACCAGAACAUGCAGUGUAUAGAGCCUGAGAUAGACUCUAUUGCCCCACGGAUUAAAUUGAGGGAUGAGAUGUUUGCCUUUGUUGAUGGCAAAUGGGUGAAUGAGAUCUACUGCCAGCCACCUUUUAUUCCCCACCAUAAACUCUUUAGCAAGAAGGCACAGAAUGAGUGGAACAUCUGGGAACAGAAUAGAGCACUUUGGGAGGAAAACCAAGUCCUCUGGAUCGAAAACAGGAUGCUCUUGGAAGAAAAUAAGGCUCUACAGUGUGUCCAGUCACAGAACAAAGCUGUCCAGGUUAUUUACACUGAUGCCCCGCAGCAAAUCCUCCAGAAGGAAAAUAAGCCAUUCCCAUUCUUCCAAGAGAGGAACAUAGGCUUUCAGGUCAGCCCAGCUAACAGAGCUCUCCAGAAGGUCCAGGAAAUUAAUAGAGCCUUUGCGGAUUUCCAGCAGGAGAAUAAAACAGUCCCCAUCAUCUGGAAAGACCAAAAUUCUACCACAGACCAUGAAGAGAGCAAAGAUGACAGCUCAGAUCUUCAGGACACCGAUGUCAUCACAGCUGUGGAAGAGGGUAACCCUGGCCCAGAUCCCCAGCAGGAACAUGAAACUAAAACCAGCACCACUCCAACCCAGAAUAAGAUCAAAUCUGCCCCAAGCACACAGGGUGAGCGUGAAAUCCUCCGGGCUCUCCAGGACUUAUACAAACUCCUCCACAUCUUCCUGAAAGUGAACAAUCUCCUUGGGGAGAAACAGGGCUGUCACAUUCUCUAUGAUGUGAACAGACCCUUCCAAGAAGAAUACAAUAAGCUGAAGCUGCAGAUGAAUGCUGUGAAAAACACUGUGUCAGACAUUACAGCUCAAAUGGAAAUGCUGGAAAAGGAGCUCAAUGCCAUCACUUCCCCAGUGUAUGAAGAAGCAGGACAGGAGCAUCAGCUUGGAGAGAUGUGA